UAGAAAAACAACUGAAGAAAGUCAUAUCGGAGUUCGGACAUAGUACUAUGAAUUCGAUGGAUCUCUAAAAAUAAACCGCGUUGCUAUCAGUAAAAGUGGAUUGACACAAGGUGUGCAAGGUUUUAAAAUUAUUCGCGGUAGACCAAUAAUAUCAUGCAAAAAAAUUUAAUGGCACCUAAUAAGUGUGCGGCGUUACAUACAAAACUAUUUUGAGUAUAGAACUAAAAUUGUGUUUUUCAAGUUUUAAUAAUGUUUUGUUACCAAGAAUUGUUCAUUUAAUUUAACAAUACGAAAUUUAUUAAAGUGUUUUGUUAUUUAUAUCUCAAGGAUUGGCAUUGCUAUUUGCUACAGUGCAAUGUGACUAUAGUAAGCAGUGGACGCUUGAAGGUGUAAUUUUAGAGGUAUCACACUCAUCAGAUGGCGAAGACGUCUGGAGAAGCGCCAAAAAUAAAAUUGAACGAUGGAAAUGAAAUGCCUGCGCUGGCUCUAGGAACAUUCCUAGGAAUGGAAAACGGAGUAAUCGUAUCGAAGGAAAAUGAAUUGGUUAACGUUAUAGUUGAAGCGAUCGACAUCGGGUACCGACACAUCGAUACAGCGUUCAUAUACAAUACAGAGGCAGAAGUUAGCAAAGCGUUGAGUACAGCAUUCGACAAGGGUGCGACGAAAAGAGAAGAUGUGUUUGUUACGACCAAGCUAUGGAACACCCAUCACCAGUGCGACGAGGUGGAGGAAGCGCUGCGUUCGCAGCUCAACACUCUUGGUCUCACUUACGUGGAUCUCUACCUCAUGCAUUGGCCAAUGGGAUUUCAUAGUAAUAACACGUACAGUGAUGUAGACUACAUGGAAACGUGGAAAGGCCUAGAAAAUGCAAAGAUGCUGGGCCUCACCAAGUCCAUAGGUGUCUCUAAUUUCAACAAGGAGCAGCUCGCAAGGCUACUAGCCGAAGGAUACGUUAAACCCGCGGCAUUACAGAUUGAGAUACAUCUUCUAAACGUGGAGUCGGAAUUGGUGUCGUUUGCUCAAUCCCACGGAAUCACGGUAAUGGCUUACAGCCCAUUUGGUUCCCUAGUCAAGAGGUUCGGUCAGAUGUUCCCGGGACCAAAAUGCGACGAUCCUGCGCUUCUACCCAUAGCUAAUAAAUAUGACAAGACAGUUCCACAAAUUGCUCUGAGAUGGCUUGUGCAAAGAAACAUCGUACCAGUAUUCAAAACUCUAAAUCAUUCAAGAUUAAAAUCCAAUAUGGAUAUUUUUGACUUCAACCUUACUGACGAAGAAAUGAAGAUAUUAGGAAGCUUUGAUAGCGACACAAAAUAUACUUUACCAUCGUUUUGGCAAGACCAUCCUCAUUACCCCUUCAAAAAGAUUCCGAAACCUUUACCGAGCCCAUUUAUAAAUUAAAAUUACAAUUAAAAUAAUUUUAAUUUAAGUUACAACUAAUAGAUUUGAAAUUCUAUUGAUGUGACAAUAAUAAAAUAA